AUGCAACAACAGCAACAAGAACAAGAACAACAACAUCAACAACAAACGUCAUCAUCAACAAAUCAACCAAAUUUACAUCAACAUUCAUCUACGAGUGGGUAUCCAAGUGUACGCCAUAGUCUUUUACGUAUGCAUAGUCAAUUACGAUCAGCACCUAAUGGAAGAGAAUCUACACAUGGCCCUAUUGAUUUAAGUCUAUAUCGUGUUCCACGGCCAGCACCUAAAAUGGCAGCACGUUCGACAAGCACAGCAACUACUGCACUUCGUACUGUUACACCAUUGGUUACCCCACCUACCCACACUAUUUAUAGCAAUGCUGUACCUUCUUUUACAUCAUCAAAAACAGCGACAUCCAUUAAUAAUCAAGAACAAAAUAUAAAAAUGCAAAAUUCAUGUUCAACUAGUGUUAUGUCAAAAUGUUCUUAUUCUCGUCCUGUUCCUGUUCCUUCACCAAAAUUAGCUUAUUCAUAUUCGAAUAUUGAAGAAAAUCUACAAUGUCCAUUAUGUAUUGAUCGUUUACGUGAUCCUCGUGCAUUACCAUGUCAACAUGUAUUUUGUUGUUCAUGUCUUAAAUCAAUUCCUUCAUCUAAUAUACCCUAUCCAACUAUAGUUUGUCCAUUAUGUCGUCGUACAUUUCCAUAUAAUGGUGCUGAUCAAUUUCCUAUAUCAUAUAUACAUCGUCAAUUACUUGAAUUAGUUCCAAAAAACUAUGAUAUUAAUGGUAAAUGUACAAAAUGUCAAGAAAAAAGUUCAUUAAUAUUAUGUUCCUGUUGUGAUUUUCUUUUAUGUCAAAAAUGUUUUAUGAAUGAUCGAGAAAAAAUUAUCGAUAAUAUUCAACAUAUUGUUCAAACAUGUUAUCAUCGUCUUAAUCGUAUUCAUACAACACGUGAUCAAUUAAAUGAUUUAAAUGAUAUAAAUCGUAAAAAAAUUCAACAAAUUGAAUCAAUAUUUUCAAAUUUUGAAAGAAAAUUUUUUGAACAUAAACAAUCAAUAAUUAAUUCAUUAAAUAAAUAUAAUGAACAAAUAACAAAUCAUUUUUGGUCUAAAUUAAAUAUAUCAACACGAAAUACAACUGAACCAUUUAUUGAUUUAUUAAAACAAGCUGAAUUAAUUAUACAAAAAUCUCAUGCUAUACAAUUUGAUGAUAUUGUUUCAUUAUUUCGUAAUUUAAAUUCAAUUAAUGAACAACUUGAAUAUGCUAAUUCAUUAAUUGAUACAUAUGAUGUACAAAAUUUAUUAAAAAAAACAAUACAAAUAAAUAAUAAUAAUUUCGAUGAACAAGCAUGUGUACAUUUAAAUCAAAUAGAUAGUACAGAAAAAAUUCUUCCAUUAAUGCCAUCAACAAUGUUACCUCGAUCAACAAAACGUUUACGUAAAACUGAACCUAAAAGACAUAUUGAACAAAAUAAUAAUGAAGAAGAAUAUGAUGAUGAUGAUGAUGAUGAUGAUGAUAAUUUACCAAUAUUAAAACAAAUGAAAGUUGAAUAUCAUAAUGAUAUUAGUUUUGAUCCUUCAUCAUCACCAACAAAUUCUAUACUUUGCUUAAAUUUUUCAAAUAAUGAACAACAACAAAAUGAACUAGAUAACGAUGAUGAUAUUAUUUAUAUUGAAACAAUUCAAGCAAAAUCACCGGCAACAAUUAGUUUUGAAGAAUUAUUUCAAAUGAUUGGUACAGAUGAAUAA